CGCCAAAGCAGAAACGGAAUCAUUAAGACCUCAAUCCUGAACGUGUUAACUUCGAGGUAUUUCAAGAAAUUCAAACGUUCUGACUAUUUUCUGUCAUGAAGUUCGGAAGAUAUUAUAUAGAGAGACCGUCAAACACGAUUUACCAUUUGUACGAACUUGGAGGGAUGAUGGUGAGCCCAGGUUCGAAACAUCCAUAUCUGGUGAAGUUCAACAUCGUAUUCGUGGGGCUCGGGAUGUUUUAUUUCUUGACGACCCAAUUAUUAACUCUUUAUACCAAAAUAGGGGACCAACUGGUGAUCAUGCAGUUUACGAUCUCAACCUGUCAAAUCAUGUUCAAGCACUGCAUGAUUUUCGUCAGGAAAAAGCAAAUCGUUGAUUUUAUUUCGGACUUGGAUGUGAUGUGGGAAAAGGUCGAGGCUGACGACGUGCAUAAAAAAUUGUUCAAUGAGACCAUAAAGGGUCGGGUGAGGUACGCGAACACUUUCAUGCUGAUGUGCUUCUGCGUCCAACCGUACAACGUUUUAUUCUGGCUCUUAACCAUAAUGACCAAACCGCGAGAAGAGUGGGAGGACUGGAUCGUCUGGUGGAACCUUGUCGACGCCGAACACUUCUGGCUCAGGUUCAUCGUGCAGAUAUACUGCUUCGAGGCCGUGAUGAUAAGCGAAGGCGUCACCGGCUCCAUGGUCACGUAUUUGUGCGCGCAUAUAUCAGGGUAUACAAGGGUCCUGAGGCACAUGCUCGAAUCCAGGCUGCCAGAUAAUAAAUCCCAGUAUAAAGAAACGUACAUUUUCCAUCAGAAAAUUAUCAAAUUAGUUCGGAAGCUGAAUUCUAUUUACAGCGUGUCCUAUUUCGUAGAAAUAGUUACUUCGUCUCUUACAGUCGCAUUCCGGUCAUUCUUCAUGGUCAAACUAGUAGCGACAAAUGGCAUCGGAGGGAGUUUCGCUGCUGAGCUGCUCUUGACAAUUUUGGAAUUCUUCGCCCCGUACACCAUCAGCAUGAGCUGUGAGCUUAUCAAAUCAGAGGGCGAGGAGAUUAUCAAGUCGGCCUACCACAACUCCUGGUACGAGGAGGACCCGAGUACCGAGAAAGACCUGCUCAUUUUGUCCGCCUUCGCAACCAGACCACUAUUGGUCCGCUAUAAAACCGCUUUCGAAUUUUCCAUGGAAAAGUUUAGCACGUUUGUUCAGGCAACCUAUUCUUACAUAGCGAUGCUCAAAAAUAUGAACUUUUGAUCCGAACAGAAAAAUAUAGUCGUUACACGUAAAUUUCUUUUCUUGCACCAGCUUUGUUAAUCACUUUACGAAUUUAUGGCUAA